UGAAUUCAUUUUGAUAAGCAUGUGGAUUAAAGUUUGAAUCUUCGGAAAAUAACUAACCGUGAUUCAUAAAUCAUUGUGUCUGACACAUUGAUUGUUUUACAUUUCCUUGAUUAUAUCACAUAAAUGUUAUCAAGUAUCAUUUUAUGCAAGCUUAUUUAAGCAGAUUUCUUUAACUGCAUUUAAAUUCAGGUGGAAACAGGUGUUAUUUCUUAGCUAUCUAAAGCUAACAAACUAUAAAUAGACUGGAAAGGUCUCUGGGAGGCUAAAGGCAGGAAUCUAUGAAUUAUGAGAGACAGGAAUAAUUUGAACUUUAUAAUGUUUGGUGUUGAUUAUCUUGUACAGGCUAGAGCAGCUACAAAUGUAUACUUGGAAAAGUCACUCAGUCAGGACCCACCACCAGACACAGAGGAAGGAGACUGGUGUCUUGUUAGUUCCCAUGGUAACAGACAUAAACUGCCAAAAACCAUGAUCUUCUUGGGGAGAGAAGAAUGUGAUAUUGAAGUGCAGAGUAGCACAGUUGACAAGCGGCAUGCUGUUGUAACAUUUGAUCACUAUCUAAGAAGAUUUAAAAUCAAAGACCUUAGCACAGCUAAUGGGACAUUUGUGAAUAAGAAUCGUAUACCAGAACAGGAGUAUGUGAUUCUAGAACAACGAGACACUGUGAACCUUGGCCAGGAUGAUAGUAUAGCAUUCCAAAUGGAGAAAAUUGAAGAUAUACCAAGAAAUGAUCAGGAAGGGGAGGAAAUCUAUCAGCAGAUUGAAGAUGAGUUACCUCCCUGGGCAAAUAGAGACACUGGUUCCCAGGAUCUACAGAGCCCUAUGGCAGAAUGCCAGCAUCGAGAGCCUGUUGGAUAUUUCUACGCAUGUUUCCCCACAAAUGUUUUGGGAUGUAUUGUUGAGCAGCGUAUAGAACACACAUGUGGUGAGAGUAUUCCGGAAUCCGAUUCGGCGCAUAAAGACCUCGACAGAAGUUACAGUCAUGACAGUAUAGCUUCGUUCGGGUUAGGAUGUAACACAUGGCCGAAGAAACGAUAUAAACCGAAGAAGUCAGUGAAAGAAAUAUUUGCUGCCAUGGACGAGGAGAGAUCCCUACACAUAGAAGGGCUCAUUGACACACCACCUAGCAGGGUAUUGAGGGGCACUGGGGCGCCUAUGAACAAAUUACCAGAUGAAUUGGAAACGGUUAAGAAAGGGACUCCACUGUAUGGUCAACCAGAGUGGUGGGGUGAAGAGGAAUCUGAUCUCAAUAUUGAUAAAAUGAUUGGGAAAGUAAGGGCAGCGUUUAGAAAAAAACUAAGAUCCAAUGGUAGCAGUAUGGAUCAAGAGUCCAGUAAAGCCUCGGUGACAUCGGAGGAAUCUCGGACCAGUGUCUCAACAAGUGCGGAUAAACAUUCAGACCAUGAUGCUACUCUCACUAAUAACAAUGUGCCAAAAACUGAAGAUUCUACAGUGCCAAUUACUCAACCUAAAACACCUGAGGGUAUUACUAAUAUGGCUUUUACAGUGGACUUUGGGGAUGAGUCUAAGCAUCAACUUGAGGGCAAGAGUAUAGGAGAUUUUAUGCCAUCAAGGUUGAGGAAAAGUUUUAGAGAAAGAAAGGAGAAAACUUCUGAAAAGUUAUCAACACCAUCUAAGUCAAGUAGCAAGGAGAAAAUUCCUCAAGAAAAAUCCACUACUAAUUCCACGAAUAAAGUUGUAGGUCGGGCUGUGUCCGAGGGACGGGAUAUUUCACCUACCCACCAACACAAGAUUGAUGAACUUUGGAACACUUCUGCAACACCAGAAUCAGCUUCAAAUAAACGCUUGAAAAUGCUUAGUAAAUCAUCGUCAUCUAGGAGCAUGGAUGAUGAUCAUUCUGAAAGCUCUUUCUCAAAAGGAACAAAGUCAUCAGCUGUAAAAAGGCGGGUACCUGCGUCUAAUAGUAGUCAGUCAAAGCCAAAAUCUGUGAUACGUGCAAGAAAAGCUGUUAGCCAGGAGAUUCUUGCCUCUUCAACACAAUAUAACAAUGAAAAAGCCUCUUAUCUCAUUGAUAAAAUGUUCCAAAAUAAUUCAACAGGAAGUGUGGAUAGUCUCAGAACCAAAGUCAGCGGAGCUUCCGGUACAGAAUAUGAAAUGUAUCACGAAGCUAUUAAAUAUGACACUGAUCGGUCAAGAAAAACUCAAUCACAAGAUCUUACUCAGAGUGCAAAAGUAGAAAAAAUCCGAUCGAAAGAAGUGCCUGUCUCUGUUCUGAGGAAAUCCAAUGAGGAGGUUACUCCUAAAAAGGAGGAAGAUAAAGUUAGUGAGGCUGGUACAUACACAAUUGAAGAGGAGCAGGAUGGGAAAGAAGAAGACGAAGCUCGUAAAAAUAUUGAAAAAGUUUUCGGACUUGACGAUGUAUCAGUGAAUGGUUCUGGAAGUGUAAAUCUUGAUCUCAGUGAAAAAUGUGGUAAAUCGGACAAACAAGGUGACCUUACUUUAAACUUACAGCAUUUGAAUCUAGAGUUGGAAGAAAUAGAAAAAUUGGAGAAGCUGCAAGCUCAGCCCAAGAUGGCCGACAGUAUGGAGGCAGAAUUGGGUAGUGCAGAAUCAAGGGGAUAUAAUGAUGAGAAUCCAACAGUGCCAGGUGAUGCACCAAAGUGGGUGAGUCAGUGGGCAGCAUUGACUAAUCAGAAAUCCCAAAAUAAAUCAGACAUGGACCUGUCAAGUCCAGGCUCUUCUAUAUCAGAUGAUAGCAAAUCAUCAGGACGGGCACACAAUGGAAUAAGUCGUAAACGUCCUGGCACCGGACGUAAACUUCCCACCAUUCCACCUGAAGCUUCUAGUCCAACACCAAGUGAUAGAAGUAUAACAAAGGAGAGCCCCAUGUCUUCAAAGUCUGAUCUCACAAUAAAUGGCACUGCGUCAGUCUUGCAGUCUCCACCACAACGUGCUGUGAAAAUAUCUAGUCGUGUAUCUGCAAGGUAUGAGGACACAGACUCUGAAUCUAUUUCAUUGACUAAAUACGGUAGUGAGGUUGAAAAUACAGCAGACAUGAGUAGUCGUAGUAACUAUAGCAGAAAUGGUAGCGUGGCUAGUCUUGACACUGAAGUGUUGCUUAGAGACACACAAACAGUCAUGACUGCCAUGGAAGAAAGAAUGGGCUCAAAACCUCAAACCAGUCAAUUGUCAGAUUUAAAUGAAUUUGAAACAAAAAACUUUUUUCAAGAAACGGAAAAUGGAUUAAGUGAUGAAAAUUCAUACACUCAAUCGACUGUAAGAUAUAGUGUUGAUAGAAAUGAAAGUUUAAUUAUUGAUGACAGUGUGGAUUUUGAAUCAGAUACUUCUAGUGUUGUAGCUUUAGUGAAUGGAGAUGAAGAUUUUGUGAAGCCAUCUUUAUAUAAAAGCCCGAGAGAAGUGUUAGGGAAUAAGUCUAAACUAAAAUUAUCAGAGUCAUUGCCAUCUAAACCUUCUGUUAAAAUGAGUGGUGCUAAAUCAAGAACUGUUGGGCAUGAAAAGGAAAGAAAACAUUCAGUUGAAGAAAAAACUGUUGUGUCAGAUACUUUCAGUGAUGUAAAUGGUGAUUUAACAAUAAGGACUGAGGACCUAGAAUCUGAAGCUGGUCAGUUUAAUAGACAAGGGUCAAAGGGUAAGGGUACAAUGUCAAUGACAAGACCAAAUCGAGCUUUUGCUCUACGUAGAGCAAGGGCAGAUGGUGAUGAAUCACAAGACUCUUCAAGGUCUACAGCUUCAACAGUUUCAAUUGCCUCGUCUGGGUUCAGAACUCCGCGCGGUGGUGGAAGUAUGACAAACUUAACUAAAUCAAGUACUCCACAGAAACCCAGACGCCCAAUGUCUGGUGUUUUAUCUGAUAGACAAGCUCCUCCUGAUUCUUCAAGGAGCCAUGCUAGUCUAGGGACUAAAAUUGUUCAGAAAAGUCGUGAAAACUUGAAUAACAGUUUCGCUCGGGAAGAUGGAGGAAGACACAGUUUACGUGUUGCUCGGUCUAUGUCCAUUCCAGUUCAACAAACCACUCCAGGGAAGUCUAGGAAAAGUGAAGGCUCCUCUGCCCUACACCAUUCUAAAAGUUUACGUGUAACAGGUGUUAGUGCAAAAGAAAGGUCCGGCUCUGUAACAAGGCCAGGCCAUAGAAAUAACUCACCAAAAUCCGCAGAAAGAAAUGCCUGGAAAAGAAGGAAGGAAUAUGAUCCGCGUAAGGCUGUUGCUGAUGCUAAAACUAAACAUAAAGACACAAAACGUAAAUCUGAUGGCUCUGAAAUAUAUAACAAAGCACGUGGAGUGACAAGAUCUGCAUCUUUUACUAAUUCCAAGGAUUUGAAAUUAAGUUCAUACCAGUGUGAUUCGACUUCUAGUACGGAUGAUUACAGUAGACGGAGUAGUGCGACUAGUGACGUGUUUGAUGACGGACCUCGACGGGGAUUUGUGCCAUACAGUGCGAGAUCUUUAUUGUCCAGCAAGGUCAGCAAUAGUAGUGCAGAUGAUGAUGACUUUGAUAGGUCAGUGAGAUCAUCAUCAACACAGUCAACUCAGGCAAUUUCGAAAUCUCGACACAACCGGUCCACAACACAUCCCUCCAAUUAUUCUGCUUUCACCCCGCCCCCAAGGAAUCCUCUUCCUCUGUCUGUAUAUAAACCUGCCCCCAGAUCACGUAGCUCAACCAGGAGUAGUAGAGCUAAAAUUGCACUCAAAACUCCCUCCCCCACCCCACCUACCAGUGUAACCAUGGCAACUGAACGAAGGUCCGUAGACAGUCUGAAGCUUCAUGAGAACGCGCUCGGACAUAAAAACACUGCUAAAGUAGAAACAACUCCUAGAAUUCCAGAGAAUGAGUUACUAAAAAACCAUAUCGGGACUUCUCAAUAUGGUUUUCCACAGAACAGAAUAAUCGUUUUGCAGUCGUAUGAUACCCUUAUUGUGUCCUCCAUCUACCAGCUGUCACAGAAACUGAAAUCACAGACUGAUAAAACCAUGGACAAACUCAGGGAUUCAGACGUAAUAGAGAAUGGUUUAGAUUCUCCACUAGACGAGUUGGAGAACCAGUCUGCUGUUAGCGAGAUUCCUGCUUACAAGUCAGCCAAUCAGGAACUUGCCGGUGUUCUCAAAAAUCUACGUAAACUAGAACAACAUCUUAAAAUAAUGAACAAAGUUCUAUUCCCUGAUGAUGAUGGCAGUCCCGAUACCAGCCGAGAGAAACACGAGUACAUGCAAGAAAUUGAGCGAAUCAAGAACGAGCUUGCAGGAUUUCAGCCAAUAGAAACACCGCGUGAUGAUGUGUGGAAACAGUCAGAAACAGCCUCAGUAGAAUCAGAUUGUGAAGAGCUUAGUCACUCAGAGUAUUAUUAAUGACUAAAUAAAUGACGAAAUGAUGUAAAAUGAAAUAUAAUUGAUAUCAAGUAUAAUGGACAUACUGACGGGUUUGUUAUGGUUCAACUGUUACAACAAGCUCUAUAAGCCCUUUGGCUGCUUGCAGCCGUAGUGACUUGCCUAUGCCAGACUUAACUGCCUAAUAUUUUAAAUUUUAUUAUAAUAAUUCCUCACACUUAACAAUGGGCAAUUCUUUAGUCAAGGCAGGACAAGUGGCAAGUUGGGUAAGGUUAUAACAUUGUUGUGUAUAACCAAACAAACUGCCCUUACAUUGUGAUAACUGUUUUACUUGAUAUACUGAAAAUUACUUUUCUUAAUGGAACAAAUAUGUCAAAAUACAUAGGGCAUAAAUUUAAAUAUUAUUAUUUUAAUGAACCUUCAUUGCCCAUAUUUACUUGCCAGUUUGUAUUUUUUUCUUAAAUGGGUACAGAAAAUAAUUGUUGUAUAUGCCAAUUUGAUUCUUGUUACUAAAUGGUAACCAUGUUAAGUCUUUGUUAUUUUAGCGGAAAAAGCAGUAAUUACAAGAUCCUUAAGAAUAACCUAUUUCUCUUUUGAGCAAGAAAGAGUUUAGAGUAUUUUCUUGUAUGGAAUAUAAUACCAAAUGUGAUUUAUUUAUCUUUAGCUACUUUUACAAGAAGUAAAAUCAAUGCAAUCAUAUAUAAUUAUAGUGAUGACUGUGCCUGAACCUUUUGUUGUUUAUACCUUAUUAGUUUUAUAAUUUUCCACUCUUAAUUAAUAUAAGCCACUGGCUGUCUUAAUACUUUUCAAAAGAUGAGUAAUUGGAUAAGUUUACAAUAAGUAUUCAAGUAAUAAGUAUAUAAGUGGCAUUUUUUUUGACAUAAGUAAAAAAGAACAAGUUGGUGAUACUAUUCUUUUUAUAGAAGAACAUUAAAAAUGAACAAUUUGUUGUGAAAUCAUGAACUAGUUCAGUUAUAGGGGAAUAAAAAGGUCAAUUUGAAACCUUUAAAGACCAACUACUGCAAUGGAAGUAAAUGAUUUGUCUGAAGAAUAAAUGGAAAAUGUAUUAUUUAUUUACAUUCAGUCAUUCAUUUCACAAAGUAACAUUGUAGUGUAUUUUCAUUAUCAACCAUGAUUUUUGUGCAAAAGUCACAAAAUCAUUGAAAUUUUUCUAUGUACUUUGGAAACAAGCACCAAUUUUCUUCAGUGUAUUAGACUAUAGUAUUUCAUUUGUUAUGGCAUCGUGAACAAUAUGGAUUUUUUUGUCCUAGAAUCAGACAAUGCUUAAUAAGGAGAACACAUUUUAAUUCAAUUUCAAUAUUUAGAUGUGUAUGUAAAUUGAAAGUUUGUUCAUCAAUGUUAGUACGUCUUAAAACAGGGUCAUGUUGUUUUAUCAUGAAAUAAAAUUUUGCUUACUUAAAACACCUUUUUUUCCCCCACAUGUUCAUUAUAGUGAAUAAAUGUGUAUUACAGGAUAUUACAUUCCAUUAUAUGUGUUUAGACUAGGGAGUUCAUUCUGUUUUAUUUCCAGUUUGUCCAUUUUCCGCUUCAAAUAUUUUCUCUCCACAUAUUUAUAAUUUAAGAGUAAUUUUUUUUUGCAGUCAUAAAGUAAUAGUCUUUUUAUUGAUUGUUUGAUUUUCUAGUUCGAUUACUGUUUAAUUUUCUAGUUACACAAAUCAAUCUCAUUAUACAUGUAUAUGUAUAUGAAGGGAUAUGGAGGCAUUAUUCAUUUAAAAAAGAAAAAGAGCACAUUUUAGUUUGUGUAUAAGGUAUAUACAUGUAAUGUAACUGAACACUAAUGUUAUGUGCUAGAUACAUUUGGAAAAAGAUAUUGUAUGUCAACACGACCUUGUUGCACUCUCAUUUCUGUGAUAUAUAUAUAACAUUGUUAUGAAUUUCUUCUCUUACACGAUUUUAUUUCUAUACAUUAUUUCUAAAGUAGUGCUGGUUUAUUAUUAUUCUAUAGAUAUUUUAGAGAAACGUUGAUAAUUAGGCUUGAUAUUCUAUUUAUUAUCCAAGAAUGAUUUUUUUUGUCAGUCUCUCUUUUUUUUUUAAACUUUUUAAAUAUUAUUAUUGAGGAAUUUGCAGAUUUAUUUUACGUAAAAAAACAUGUGCUACUUUUUAAGAUAAAGAAAAGUACCUUAAAAUUUUUUGUGUUUGUGUAAUUUUGUUUUUAAAUGAUUUGGGCAUUUUGUUAAAACAAAAAGAGAUUUAUUAACUAUAUUGAUCAUUUGCCGAUGAUACAUGUCUAUAAUUUAUCAGUGCGUUCUUAUUGUUCAAAGAAAAAAAUCUUUUGUUACCAAAUGAUUCGACCAAUUUGAAGCAUUUUGUUUAAAACAAUAUUUGUUAACGUUUUUAUUUAUAUCCGAAUUCCUCGUAAGCAUAUCCUGUUUUGUGUAGUUAAAUACAUUAACUUUAUCAUAUUAUGGAAGAGUUAGAAUCUUGUAGUGUUUAAGUCUUUUGUUUGUUAUAAAACAGAUUGAUAUUUCAUUUUGAACUAGUUUUCGACCUUUAAACUAGUUUAUAACCUGUGAUAUUGAUUUUUUUGCUUUCGUAUGUUCAUGUAUUUUCUAAUUUUUGCCAAGAAAUUGUUGCUUUGUUUUUUUUUGUACAUGUGCAAAGAUGAUUAUAUUAUCCUUGUGCUUAUAUGUGGCAAAAUAAAAUGUUACAAAUUCUA